AUGCCGCCAGCACCGCCACUUGCCGUUACUGUUUGGGGCGGCACAUCGUCGCUACCAUCCAUUGAUCCUACAUCGCUGUAUGUACUGGCACUUCUUCAACUAGCACACGUCCCAAACGUAUGUGCAUUUGCGCCCCAUUCGUUCUUCCACACAGAUGCUGUGCCUGCGCUAUACACACAAGCGCCACCCACAGUGACGUCCCCUGAUCAUCAGCAUCCAAGUUAUCAUGAACUCGGAGAACUGAUUGCUACUACACCCUCUUCCAUCCGCACAUUUUUAUGUGAACAUUCAAGUCUUGACAAGUCUUUACGUGAUCCAAGUCAUGCGGCAAAAACCCGCGCGCUACACGCAUGGCUCGACGAUGAACUAAGUGAUUUAGUACUGCACACUCUCUUUUCGCUGCCACCCAACUUCCAAAAAGUCACUUGCACCGCACUGUCGGGCACGCGUCGUCGCUUGAUUCCCUCGUCGCUCCCUCGCAGGAUGCGUGCAGCUGUGCGUGCUAGGCUUGAAAGCCCGAACAUCAAUCUGUGGGGCGUUGGCGGCUCAUGGGAGCGUCAGGAGCGCCGCGAGGCGCAACGCUGGAAAACAACGGCAGGCUUGGCUGAAGCCCGUGAUCCUAUCUCAUAUAUGCCGCGCCCUGGGUUCCGUGAGAAUCCAAAUCUCGCGAGCGAUGUGCGUGAAGAAUGGGAACGAUCGCGUCUCGUCUCUCGUGCGCGCCGCUUAUUCAAAUCGGUAGCCGUAUACCUUCAAGAGCGAGAGUUUCUUGGCCACUGGAACGAGCCUACUUCUGUUGAUGCGCGACUUUAUUCGCUACUCGCACCUUGGGUCUUUGUGGACUGGCCCGUUGACCCACUCCCAUCGCUACUUCGCGCUGAGUUUCCCAUCCUGGUUCAACAUACCAAGCGCAUGCACGAGUGGCUUUGGCAAGCGACAUCAUCAUCGUGGGCAUGGCACCAUCAGACCAUUUCAUUGUGGCCCAGUGUAUCCUUACCAAAUCGGCCGUCGUGGGUAUCGCUUUGGCGGGGGCUCUCGUCAUGGUGGCGCUCGUCAGCGAAUGAGACGUCGAACUUGGCACCAACGCUGCGCUAUGGUCGUAUUGCUUGGAUGACAAGUGCAAUUCUGGGCCCAAUCUUAUGGGUGCUCUUGUCGGGCAUCAUUGUGAUUGAGUUUGUCGACGAAAAUGAGAGUGUUGAAAACGAAGACGAUGGUGACGACUCUACGUAUACACAUGAGCAAGACGAGAACGAGGACGAAGACGAAGACGAAGAUGACCAAGACUUCAGUGAAAAAGCAAAAACGAGUGAUGACAAAGAUGAACAUGAAGACGACGAAACGAAAUACGAUGAGGCGCCAGAAUAUGAUGCACUGGAUGCAAACGAGUGGAUGGAUGACGACAUAGACGUCGAUACCGACGAUGAUGGUGAAAAUGAAUAG